AUGUAUACUUCCUUUAUCAAGCUCCUACCUUUGGUGGUCUGUGUCAAUGCACAACUACUAGAUAUCGCCGAUGUGGAUGAGUUAGUCAGUUCUGCUAUGCUCCCCUUCGAGCAGUACGUCUAUACUACUCCCGCAGAGAGUGCCAUACCCGUGGCCACUGUUUUAGCAGCCCCCGAAAAGGUCCAGGCUGCUGUCGUUGAAGCUGCAGCCGCAGACACCGCGUAUUGGCUGGCGGAUAUAGCCCAUCAAGGAACUGCGGCUUUCAACUCCAACCCUUCCGGAUAUAACGUGUUUCGCAAUGUCAAGGACUACGGCGCUAAAGGCGAUGGUGUGACCGACGAUACCGCGGCCAUUAAUGCAGCAAUCAGUGCUGGAGGGCGUUUCGGACCAGCGAGCAGACACACCUCUACCACGACACCGGCAAUUGUUUACUUCCCAUCUGGAACAUAUAUCAUCUCCACAUCGAUCAUUGAUUUCUAUUUCACCCAGCUUGUCGGCAAUGCAAAUGCCAUACCGGUUUUAAAGGCGACUGCAGGUUUUGUCGGUCUCGGCCUGAUUGAUGGCGACCAAUACCAGAGUGAUGGAAACCAGGGAUGGAUAUCAACCAAUGUUUUCUUCAGACAGAUUCGCAAUUUGAAACUGGACCUGACUGCUAUCCCUGCCGGUACCGCUGCUACCGGUAUCCAUUGGCCGACUGGCCAAGCUUCGAGCAUUCAGAAUGUCCAGAUUGCCAUGAGUGCCGCUUCUGGAACUCAGCACCAGGGAAUCUUUAUUGAGAACGGGUCCGGUGGUUGGAUGAGCGAUGUCACCAUCACCGGUGGCUUGUACGGAGCCAAUGUUGGCAAUCAGCAAUUCACAAUGCGCAACUUGGUCAUCUCAAAUGCAGUCACAGCCAUUUCCCAAAUAUGGAAUUGGGGCUGGACCUAUCAAAACUUAGUGAUCACCAACUGCCAGACGGCCAUCUCGAUAAACAAUGGUGGCGUUGGAAAUCAACUAGUUGGAUCCGUCAACAUUUUGGACAGCACCAUUCGUGAUUGCCCUACCUUUGUGACGACUGCCUGGCAGAGCUCGACAUACUCUACCGGAAGUAUGAUUUUGGAAAACAUCGCUCUGAGCAAUGUGCCAGUCGCAGUAAAGGGGGCAAGCGGUACUGUUCUCGCCGGGUCAACAGGCUCAUCUACCAUCGCUGCAUGGGGACAGGGUCAUAAGUAUACCCCUAACGGCCCCACGAAUUUCCAAGGCUCAUUCACCCCGCCAACACGCCCAAGCGCCUUGCUUGCUAGUGGGUCGACGAGAUAUUACACCAAGAGUAAGCCCCAAUACGCAGCGUCGCCGGUGGCCUCGUUUGUCAGCGUCAGAAGCGCUGGAGCCAGAGGAGAUGGCUCAACCGAUGAUACAACUGCCAUUCAAUCAGCCUUGACAUCUGCAGCGGCGGCGAAUAAAAUUCUUUUCUUCGACCAGGGAACGUACAAAGUCACCAGGACUCUGUAUGUUCCCCCGGGGUCUCGGAUUGUUGGUGAGGCUUACUCCGUGAUCAUGGCUACAGGAGGGACAUGGUCUAGCAUAACCAGACCAGUUCCCGUGAUUCAAAUCGGCCAACCGGGCCAAUCUGGAUCAAUUGAAUGGUCCGACAUGAUCGUCAGCACUGCAGGCUCUACACCUGGUGCCGUUCUAAUAGAAUGGAACCUGGCAGCAACAGUGGGAUCGGGUAUGUGGGAUGUCCACACCCGCAUCGGAGGCUUCCAAGGAUCCCAGCAACAGGUUGCGCAUUGCCCGACAACGGCGGCUGUAUCUGCGGCCUGCCAGGUUGCCUACAUGUCCAUGCACAUCACUACUUCGGCCAGCAACGUAUACUUGGAGAACGUUUGGCUCUGGACUGCCGACCAUGACCUUGAAAGCCCGACUGAUGCUCGGAUCUCGGUGUACUCGGGUCGCGGCCUUUUGGUGGAAGGGAAGAAUGUCUGGCUCUACGGCACGGGAUCGGAGCACCACUCACUAUAUCAAUACCAAUUCUCAGGCGCCAGCUCAAUCAUGGCUGGGUUUGUGCAGACGGAGACUCCAUACUACCAACCCAACCCGAAUGCAGCGAACGGUCCGUACCCUACCAACUCUACACUCAAAGACCCAGACUACAGUAGCUGUCUCGGCGGAAAUUGCAACUCGUUAGGACUUCGGGUGCUCAAUUCCAAGAACGUGAUCAUCUACGGCGCCGGCCUCUACAGCUUCUUUAACAACUACAGCACCACAUGCUCCACGUUCCCUGUACCCGAGAACUGCCAGAGUAUGAUCUUCAGUGUGGAGGGUUCUACGAGUGGAUUGGUAGUGUAUGGCUUGAACACCGUGGGAACGACAUACAUGAUUGUCAAGGAUGGUGUUGCGCUUGCCAAAGUCAGCGAUAACCUGGCGACAUAUGCGGCCACCAUCGCAUACUUCACCUUCUAA